AUGUGGACUAUAAGUAUGACAUCAAGUAUCGCCCUGGUAAUAGUACUGCUAAUUGUGAUUGGUAUAUCCAUACUAGUAGUGCCGUCCAUAGGCAUAGUGGCCACAAUUAAAAAUCAUUUUGGCCUAGCUAUAGCCUUUAGCGUACUAAUGACCCUGCUGGCUAUUUCCAGCAUUGUGGCUGUUGUGUACAACACCGAUCACGUGGCUAAUCUGAUAUUUACCUUGUUGAUCACAGGGCUGUCCUACUCGUUUGCCAUGGAUUGUCACAAAAUUAAACUAGCUAGAUUAUCUGGCCCGAUUCCCGUGGUUACCGGUCCCCACAUUCACCCCCAGUUGGCCAUUGGUCAGCAAGUUUAUCAAGGUCAACUUGGUCAACAGGUUCCAAUGCAAUUGAGCACAGAUGCCUAUGUUAUGCAACAGGGUCACGGAAUGCAACCGGGCUACGCGAUGCCCAUGCACAAUUUUUCUACACCUUCGCCUAAUGGCUCUUGUGUACCACAGGUUCACCAUGAUGACAAUAAAUUUUCGCCCUACUCCAAAAAACAAUCCAUGGAUAUAAGAGAUAGUAGCUCGUUUAAGUGCAAAAAAUGGACAUUGUUUACAUUAUCACUUGUAGGCCUAUUUUGUUACGCGGUCGCCACAUUGUACAUGGGUCGGGCUAUAUUGCUAGUACUAGUGGUGGGCGCAACAGUUUGCGCCGUACCUGCAAUAGGCAUAGCUGCCAGUUAUAAAGAACACGUUGGUCUGGCCAUUGCGUUUAGUGUGCUAAUGACCAUGGGCACUAUUGCCAGCGCUGGGGCUGUUUGGGGUGAUUUUAAUUACACCCCCGUUCUACUGGUUAACAUCAUGAUCACUGGAAUGUCAUAUUCAUUUUCCCGAGAUUGUUACAAAAUUAAAAUGUCCAGUUUACCAUCUAGCCCGCUUCCCAUGAUGGACAGCACCGUUAUAUACCCUAGAUUAAUUUCUCAUUCUCAACAUGGUCAACAACAGGCACCCUUACAGUUAACAACUGAUGCCUAUGUUUUGCAGCAAGUUGAAGCUCUGUGCGAAGCCAGCGAUAUUAAUUGGGACAUUCGCCAGGACAAAUUGUUUAAGGUCAAAAAGUUGAUACUAUUUACCCUGUGUAUGGUUGGCUAUGCAAUGUUAUUGGCCACAAUUGUCGAGGGCUGUUCAUUAGCUAAGUCUAAUUAUAGAGUAUUGAUCAUGCUGUUCGGGUUUGUAAUAGCAAUAAUGAUGGUAACCUCAACACUGGGCCUAUUGGCCACAAUAAGCGAUAGCUACAACUUUGCCAUAUCAUUUGCGAUAUUGACCAUGAUCAAUACAGUAUUGUGCAUGGCCACAUUGAUUGUCAAUAAUGACCUGUCG